CCCGCCCAAUAUGAAGUGCAGUGACGCCAACAUAACUUUGUUAUGCAUUACAUGCUCUUUAGGGUACCAACUGUACUCCAUCCCCUUCGAUGCUCCUGUCUUCCUCCUUCGCCUCUUUCUUCAUUUCUCAAAAACCCUAAUAAAAUCUCACUCACCUCUCUCUUGUCUUCCUCCCAGCGUUGUACAAUGGCGUCCGGCCGCACGGUCGCCGAUGUCCUCAUGGGCGCCUCUCGCGCUGCCGCAGCCAAGAAGAAUCGCCAGGCUUUAUCAUCCCAAUCCGAGAACUAUUCUUCCCCUAUCAAGAAACACAAAGUCCUAGAACCCCCAUCUGCCACGGACGAACCAAAGAAGUUGGAAACUACCGACAUCCUUGUCGAACUUAGGAAAAAGGGCUCCGAUUUCGACCCUAAAGCCGCCGCCUCAUGGAAAGAUGGCGACCCGGUACCGUUCAUCUUCCUCGCCCGCGCACUAGACCUCAUCUCGAACGAGUCGGGUAGGAUCGCAAUCACGGACAUCAUCUGCAAUGUCUUCCGGACUGUUAUGGCUACUACUCCUAACGACCUUCUUCCGACGGUUUAUUUGUCGGCUAAUAGGGUUGCUCCUCCACAUGAGGGCAUCGAGCUUGGUAUAGGAGAUGCUUCGCUUAUCAAGGCUCUCGCCGAAGCUUAUGGGAGGAAGGAAGAGCAUGUCAAUAAGCAGCUACAGGAAUUAGGUGACUUGGGUCUUGUCGCCAAGGCUAGUAGGUCUUCACAGAGAGUUUUGUACAAGCCUCAGCGUUUGACCAUCACCAAAGUUUUUGAUACAUUUCGCGCCAUUGCAAAGGAAUCUGGAAAGGACAGCCAAGACAAGAAAAGAAGUUACAUUAAAGGUCUUCUUGUAGCUGCCACUGAUUGUGAACCGUUAUACAUAAUUCGCCUUCUUCAGUCCAAAAUGAGAAUAGGCUUGGCGGAGAAAACAGUGCUUGUAGCUCUUGGGCAAGCAUCUGUAUAUUCAGAAGCACUUAAGUGUGCAACUUUUAAAAAUUAUUCUCAGACAUUGGAAGAGGCUGCAAAGAUCAUUAAACAAGUAUAUUCUGUUCUGCCGGACUACGGUAAAAUUGUGCCUGCUCUUCUUCAUGUUGGGGUACUGAAACUUUCAGAGGCAUGCAAUUUCUCUUUGGGUGUGCCAGUGGGACCUAUGCUGGCUAAACCUACAAAAUCAGUCUCUGAGAUCCUAGACAAAUUUCAAGGAACCGAGUUUACAUGUGAAUAUAAGUAUGAUGGUGAGCGGGCUCAGAUACAUUACAUGGAAGAUGGUUCUAUAGAGGUAUAUAGCCGUAAUGCUGAACGAAAUACUGGAAAAUACCCUGAUGUGGUCAGUGCUGUAUCAAGAUUCAAGAACCCAGAAGUAAGCUCUUUUGUGUUGGAUUGUGAAAUUGUUGCAUUUGAUCGUGAGAAGCAGAAAAUCUUACCUUUCCAGGUAUUGUUACUAAUUAGAGGGAGGCCUAGAGCAGUAAUUACCAAAUCCCCUCCACCGGCCCUCCUCCAUGAGCAACUCAAAGUUCGCAGGGAGGAACUUUACAAUUCUUUUGCGGAAGUACCAGGAGAAUUUCGUUUUGCAACUACAAUAACAUCUAAUGAUCUUGAAGAAAUACAGAAGUUCUUAGAAAAAGCUGUCAGCUCCAGCUGUGAAGGGUUGAUUAUCAAAACUUUGGACAAAGAUGCGACAUAUGAGCCUUCGAAAAGGUCAAACAACUGGUUAAAAUUAAAAAAAGAUUAUAUGGACAGUGUAGGAGACACUUUAGAUCUAGUUCCCAUUGCUGCCUUCCACGGUCGUGGAAAACGCACAGGUGUUUAUGGUUCUUUUCUUCUUGCUUGCUAUGAUGAACAAAAUGAUGAAUAUCAAAGCAUAUGUAACAUCGGUACUGGGUUUUCUGAGUUGCAGCUUGAAGAGAGGUCCAAAAGUCUUGGAAGUAAAGUUAUACCAAAGCCAAAACCAUACUAUAGAGUUGCUGAUUCAAUGAAUCCUGAUGUCUGGUUCGAGCCAGCAGAGGUCUGGGAAGUAAAGGCAGCUGAUUUGAGCAUUAGUCCUGUUCAUCGUGCUGCUUCUGGCAUUGUGGAUCCAAAUAAGGGUAUUUCUCUUCGAUUUCCUCGCCUACAACGUGUCCGAGAUGACAAAAGCCCAGAACAAGCCACAACAUCUGAACAGGUUGCUGAGAUGUAUCGCGCCCAAAAGAUCAAUCAUAUGAACAAUAAUGAGGAAGAGGAUGAUGAAUGACGUGGUUUUCAGCUAGUAAUCAAGUUCUAUCACUCCUUCAAAAUUGGCAUUAUAAUUUUACUUGGAGGUGUGAUUUUGAAUCUGGACAUUAAAAAAUGUUCACUACCAUGCAAAAAUCAACUCUGCAGUGUUGUGAUUCUGCAAUUUUCAAGGUCAAUCUUUCAGUCUACUUUUUUAAUUUUAUUUUUAUUAAAUAUUUAAUGUCACUAAUCGAAAAUAUCUUAAGGGAACAUUUUGCUGCUGAGUAUAUAACAACCUUUGAAGGCUUUGGUGUAUUGUUGUUGAAGGCAGCUUAUAGAAUUUUGGUUUUGUAUUAGUUUAAACUAAUUUUUGGAAAUGGCCUACCUGAGUUUCUUUUUUUAAUGUCGUCAUUUUACAUCUUUGCGAUUAUUAUUUAAAACCUAAUGUUAUUUCCA